AUGGUGUUGCCGGCUUUACCUGUUAUCCCUCUGGGUCUUGCUAUCCCCGCUGCGGCCACUUCACUUGCAUACCUGAACGCGAAAUGGUCGCUAUCACACGAUUUAAACCUCAUCAAGGGGUUGGUGAAGAUGUCAAUGAAGCUUCACUUCGCAGAACGUGGUGAUCGUCUGAAUCUGUUCUACACACUGGAAGCUCAAGCGCUCAACCCAAAAACCGCCGAUCACCCAUUCGUUGUGUACAAUGGCCGAACGUCGACUUUCCACGACACCUACGUCAUGGCACUUCGUUAUGGAGCAUGGUUCAAAAAUGUCCAUGGAAUCAAGCCCAAGGAGAUUGUCGCCGUUGACCUGAUGAACUCCUCCACAUUUGUCUUCAUGGUACUCGGGCUUUGGAGUAUUGGGGCAGUUCCAGCGUUCAUCAACUACAACCUGGCUGGAAAGCCACUGACCCACUCUGUGAAGACCUCCACUGCGAGACUCCUGGUGGUGGACGAAGACCUUCGCCAUUGCUUCCCGGCAGAGCAGCAGGAGAUUCUGACCUCUCCGGAUUUCCGUGAGGGCAAGGGGCCAGUUGAAAUCGUGUUCCAUACCUCGGACGUCGAGGCACAGGUUUUGGGAACGGAGCCGGUGCGCGAGGAUGAUAAGGUGCGUAAUGGCCUAGUUGCCCGCGACAUGGCCAUCUUGAUCUACACCAGUGGCACAACCGGGCUGCCUAAGCCCGCUAUUGUCAGCUGGAAGAAGUGCUGGUCAGGCAGUGUGUUCUUUGGAGACUGGAUGGGCAUCACUCCCUCCGAUAGAUUUUUCACGUGCAUGCCCCUAUAUCAUAGCUCUGCUUCGAUACUUGGCUUCUUGACUUGCUUGGUGAACGGAUCGACACUCAUUCUUGGUCGCCGAUUCUCAGCACGCAAUUUCAUUAAAGAGGCUCGCGACAACGAUGCGACAAUCGUCCAAUAUGUUGGCGAAACACUCCGCUACCUUUUAGGUGUCGCGCCUGAGACUGACCCCGUAACCGGCGAGAAUCUCGAUAAGAAACACAAAAUCCGAUUGGCGUUCGGAAAUGGACUGCGCCCCGAUAUCUGGAAUCGAUUCAAGGAGCGCUUUAACAUCCCCACGAUUGCUGAGUUCUAUGCCGCUACCGAAGGCACAACGGGCUCGUGGAACAUGUCGACCAAUGACUUCUCUGCAGGCGCCAUUGGUCGAACCGGUGCAAUCGGUGACUUUAUGAUUGGUCGAGGAUCUGCUAUUGUAGACGUCGACUUCGAGACCCAGGAGCCCUGGCGCGACCCCAAGACCGGUCUUUGCAAGAAGACCCCUCGCGGUGACCCCGGUGAGUUGCUGUUCGCCAUUGACGCAGCAGACCCAUCGGCCAAGUUCCAGGGGUACUUUGGAAACAAGAAGGCCACAGAAAGCAAGAUCAUUCGUGACGUGGUCAAGAAGGGCGAUGCCUUCUUCCGAACUGGCGAUAUGGUCCGGUGGGAUAAAGAGGGCCGUUGGUACUUCUCAGACCGACUGGGAGAUACCUUCCGCUGGAAGAGUGAGAACGUUUCUACCAGUGAGGUCGCCGAAGUCCUAGGUGCAUACUCUGAAGUCCACGAAGCCAAUGUCUACGGCGUUGCUCUUCCAAACCAUGAUGGACGUGCCGGAUGUGCAGCCAUCGUUUUCAACCAGCAAAUGGCGAGUGGCACCCCGUCUGAGCCUGCGCUGGAGCCUUCGCGUCAAGUGCUUGACGAUCUCGCUGCACACACACUCAAGAAUCUUCCUAGAUUUGCGGCUCCUUUGUUCUUGCGUGUCACGCCUGAGAUGCAGUCAACUGGAAACCUCAAGCAGCAGAAGCACACUCUUCGCACAGAGGGAGUCGACCCGUCACUGGUCUCAAAGAAGGAUCGAGUUUAUUGGCUCCAGGGUAAUUCUUAUGUACCCUUUGGACAAAAGGAAUGGGAUCGGUUGAAUGGUGGCCAGGUUCGACUAUGA